CAUUGGUCCACGGCACGGCAACUCAGCCUCUGUUAUCGUGGCGCUGACAGUGUAGGGAGUCGAGAGACGAAUGCAAAUUAAUGUCUCCACCGCAGCGUGUGCGCUUGAGGAUUGUACACAUCUGAUCGGCGGCAGAUCGAUGCAUUUUGAGACGUGCUGUUGAGUUGGACUUGGAGCAAUAUCCGAGUUAUUAUCUCCGGGUCUGGUUUGGCGCUGCUGCUUCUCACCACACGUGUCUCCCCCUGCUGGCCAUGUGGAGCGUAUGCACAGUGCUGCUAGCGGUGGCUCUGGGUCGGGCCUUCGGCUCCGACCCCUCCAGGAGCACACCACACAAACAUGACAACAACCUGGAGAUCUACAAGCGUCUGUUUGAGACCAAGAGGAAGGAGCAGCUGAACGCCCUGAAGAACCUGGUGGAGCUCAGCGACGUCAACCAGCAAUACAAGAUCAUCGACAUCAUGCUCAAAGGACUCUUCAAGGUCCUGGAGGACUCCAAGGCGGUGCUGGUAGCGGCUAACAUGCAGCCUGAAGACCCCUUCCCCCUGGACGACAAGAUCAAAGAAGCCUACUCCCACGUCGUGGAGAACACGGCGUUCUUCGGGGACGUAGCGCUGCGUUUCCCCCGGAUCGUCCACCACUACUACGACCGCAACGCCGACUGGAGCGGCCUGCUGCGCUGGGGCCUGCGCUUCUGCAACCACACGGGGGUGUUCACCGGAGGCACCCACCAGCACGUCCUCACACUGAUGUCUCAGGAGCUCGGUAUAACAGAGAAAACGCCAGACUUCACUAAUCCGUACCGUACCGAGAGAGACAACGUUCUUCACACAGCGGAGGCCUUCCAGAGGCUCCUGAGAGAGGAGGAGAAGAGGAGGAGGAAGGAGGAGAAGAGGAAAGAGAUGAGGAAGGGUCCCCGCAUCUCCCGCUCCGAGCUCUAGAGCAAUGUAGAGGGGAGAAGGGGGAAGUGAGGAGGAGAAGGAGCUCUUCACCUGAAGGAGGGGGAAGAGGAGGAGGAUCAAACAUGGAGACACUUGAGAUCAUAAAGAAUAUUUCUUGUGAACUAAAACGACAGAGGAGAGAUUAAGAAUUUGUUUGUGAUUAACAACCGGGUUUCUUAAAGAGGAGACAGGGGAAUAUUUUUUUUGGAUCAUUCAUUUACACGGUAGGUUCAAAAACAUUGCAUUGUGGGACUUUCGGUCUACAACCGUGUUAUGUUCACAUGGAGCUGCCUCCCUAGGGAAUUUAUUACUUAUCAACGCUUGUUUUGGUACGAGGGUGAUGACUCUGUUGGAGGGAAUUGAUUGAUGUUACUUUCGUUUUAUUUAGGGUCCCAAGCAAUGCAAGGAAUCCUAUUUUAUGAAAAGUGUUCAGUUCUAUAACUGAAAUAAUUUGUUGAUGUGGUAUAAACUAAAGUGAAAACUCCAUCAAACUCCUGUUCAAGCAUUACAAUUAAUAUUUUGGUUCACACAAUUUGAAAUAUCAUUUGAUGUUUUACAGGAAAUCAUUUUUUAUUGUACAAAGUAUAUUAAAAUGAGACCCUUGUUGGAAUUUCUAAAUUGUAUUACGACUGUUAUAUAAAUAUAUGUAUAUUCAGAAAAAGAUUGCUGCAAAGUCAACUAACUAAACCUACAACUAUCAUUUUGUUAUCCGAUUUCAUGGAAUAAAAUAACAGAUUGGA